AUGGGGAGCGUAAAACCCUGGGGUAGCUCUACAGGAGGUCAACUCUACAGGAGGUCAACUCUAGAGGAGGAGGUCAGCUCUAGAGGAGGAGCUCUACAGGAGGAGGUCAGCUCUACAGGAGGAGGUCAACUCUACAGGAGGUCAACUCUACAGGAGGUCAGCUCUAAAGGAGGUCAGCUCUACAGGAGGAGGUCAACUCUACAGGAGGAGGUCAACUCUACAGGAGGUCAGCUCUACAGGAGGAGGUCAACUCUACAGGAGGAGGUCAGCUCUACAGGAGGAGGUCAGCUCUACAGGAGGUCAGCUCUACAGGAGGAGGUCAGCUCUAGAGGAGGUCAGCUCUAG